AGCCAGAAAUAACAACUGGUGGCCUGAAAUGAAUGCAAGGAAGGCAAGCAAUUGCACGGCCAUGUAUGGAUGGAUAUAUGGUGGGCAAGGCAGUCACUUGUCACAGGCUGCAUCAGUGUUCACUGAUGCUGACCUCACUUUGGGUCCUUCUGUUGGUCUGCUUUCACAGUAUAUCAUUUAGGCUGUGAAUCGAACGGAUUCCUAUCUAGCUGUCUGGGAAGGGAAUUGGAUUGGAGCAGUCCCUGUGAAAAUUUAAGCCUUAAGACGUUGGGAUUACAUACAGCUAUGUUCUGUUUGAUGCAUGAAUUCGUUACCUUAUGUGAAUUCUUCCUUUUUGAAGAAAAAAAAGCUGGUGAAUUUUGCGGAAAUCUGGUAAUAGAUGAUUUACUUUAAAGUAGUCCAUGGAGGUUGACACUUGACAGAUGCGUGCAUUUUCCAAAUCCAAAUCCAAAUCCCAAGCAUCGAUCGUCAUCAUCAUCUUAUCAGAGAGCAAGGGGCAGCCACUCAAAAACUCUGCUGAGCUGCACUUCUUCCCUCCACAACCUUGCUCUUCCUUGUUGUCUGCUCCACAUCCGCAGAGCGAGCGAGGUAGCUAGACCGCCAUGGGGUGCGCGAGCUCCAAGGCUGGCGACGACGUCGCGGUGGCCGACGUCUACCGCCCGCCGCCCACCAGCGUCUCCCUCUUCGACAUCACCGCCGUCGAGGAGCCUUGGCUCAUCGCCAAGCAGAGCAAAGCCGCUGAUGAUGACGACGACGACGAGGAUGAAGAGACGACGACCGAUGACGAAGAAGAGGACGACGACGAGAAGCUGCAGCCCGCCGCCAAGACCGUCGUGCCGCUCCCGCUCCUCGACAAGCUCGAGGGCUACGAGCUCGCCCCGGCGUCGUGGUCCGAGGUCAGCAAGGCCCUGGAGGACAUGAAGCCCGUCCUCGACUCCAAGCCGCCGCCUGCUCCUGUUGCUCUCAAGAAGAAGAAAAAGAACAAGACCAAGAAGAAGAAGAAGAAGCAGCAGCAGCCACAACAGCCGACGACGACGACGACGACGGCGGCGCCGCCGCCCGUGGUGCCUGCUGCCACGGACGGCGACGCUACUGGCAAGAAGGCGCCGUCGCCGUCGUCCCUCGGCGACCUUCCAGACAUCAGCAGCAGCAAGCCCGCGCCGCCGGAGCUCGCGGGACGGCGCGUCGUGAAGGACAACCCGUUCCUGAUGCGCGACCGCGAGAGCAAGGGCGACGGCAGUACCGUGGCGCCGCGGUGGAAGCGGCGGGACCCGUUCGAGGGAUGCCCCGAGCGGCGGCCUCCGGGCGCGACGGGCGGCGGCGUGGUGCUGUACACGACGACGCUCCGCGGCGUGCGUCGCACGUUCGAGGACUGCGAGCGCACGCGGGAGGCGGUGGAGGCGUGCGCGGCGGCGGCGGGCGUGGCGGCCGUGGACGAGCGCGACGUGUCGCUGCACGGGGAGUACCUCCGCGAGCUGCGGGAGCUGGUGCCCGCCGGCGACGGCGAGGGCGAGGGCGCUGCCGCCGCGCCGCCGCGGCUCUUCGUGAUGGGCCGAUACGUGGGCGGCGCCGACGAGUGCGAAAGGCUGGCCGAGUCAGGGAAGCUGCGGGAGAUGAUGCGGUGGGUCAAGGCCCGUGGCGAGGCGUGCGCGGCCAAGGACGGCCGCGGCUGCGAGGGCUGCGGCGGCGCAAGGUUCGUGCCGUGCUGGGAGUGCGGCGGCAGCUGCAAGGUGGUGGCGGCGGACGGAGGGACGCCGACCACCACGGAGAGGUGCGGCAAGUGCAACGAGAACGGGCUCAUGAUGUGCCCCAUCUGCCACUGAUUGCAUUUGCAUUGCAUGCUCAUUUAGAUCGUUUACUUUGCAUUAAUUGGAUCCGAUGCAAGUACAGUAGCAUAUAGUAUACGUUUUGUUCAAUUAUUAUUUACGAUCGUUCCAUUAUAUAUAUAUGUUGUACACGUACGAUGUGUAAAAUCUUGUGUGUUGUACGGUGAUACAUAUACUGUAGUUGAAACUUGAAAGAGAGUGAGAAUAAAGAGUGAAUACAUGCAUGUUUGUUGCAAUAUAUGGUUGUAAUGAAGGUUGAUGAAUUCGUUCAAAUCUGAUC